AUGUUCUCCAACUCUUCCCGUUCCUCUACCCAUCGAGGAAAGCACGGAAAGUCCUCCUCGUCCUCAUCUUCAUCCUCAUCCCACAAGCGUUCCUCCAAGUCCGCAAGCAAGCCUAGCAACAGCGUUGUCAAAGCUGUUGAACAGGACAUCUACCACCAAGAGAACACGUCUUUGUGGGAAGAUGUUAAGCGCAAGGCUAUGAGAAAGCUUAUUGAUGAUAAGAUCAAGAAGAGGAAAAUUCGAUCAUCCGUCGUGGUCACUACCCAAGACCAACUUCAGGACCACCUCGGAAGCGCUAUGACCAAUAGCAUCGCCGCUAAGAAAGCCUUCAAGACUUUGUAUCUUCUUGUGAGCUCCACAGUUGCUGAGUUGACAUACAACAUCGAAGGCUUUGUCGACAAAGUCUUUAUCAGGCCUUGCGGAGCUGGCGGUCGACUAGAUGCACUUCGUAUCGGAAGCUCCUCAACCUACUGUGGUUUCAAGACCUUCAAGUGGGACGCUCGCCCUUCCCAGCUCCAACAGAGUAACAAAGAGUUGGCCCACCUCCAGGGCUGCAAUUUUGACCUCAGUGACUGUUCGCAGGAAGACCUCCAGUUUCUUCAGCAGCCCAGAGAGGCUCCCGAUCUUUCACCUGAAGACAAAUACAACACUAUGCAGAGAGUCCAAGAGCUUAAAGACAUAGAAGUCAGUGAGAAAGCCAGAAAUCCCUCUAGUAGCUGCGCUGAUGGCACUGAAGUGUGGUUCCAGAAGUGGAAGAGCUUCUUAGCUACAGCUAUGGCAGCUGGUGCAGGCGCAGCGGGCAUGACCAGUGGCUUCUGGAUGAGUGCUGGUGGCAUCACGGUCAAAGGCCCUUUUGGACUCUAUUUGGCCUCUGGGUAUGCUACAGUAGGUGGCUUCGGAGCCGUUGGUGCUGCUGGAGUCGGCUCAGCGGUUGCCGCUUAUGGCAUGGUCUACUUUAUUCCCUGGGAUCGUGUUUGGGAUCACCUUCGAGCCAAACUUUGGCAGAUUUGGGAUAAGAUCUGCGGGGUUCUCAUUUGGAUCAAGGAUAAGCUGGCUGAAUUGGCAAGUACUGUUCUUACUAAAGUGUCGUUGGCUGUUCAGGGUGCUCCAAAGCCUGCGAGGCUUUCCAUGUCAUAUGUUUAA